GUGGAUUCCGUUUGGCGCCAACUAGGAAAGGGGGGCGGGGCAGCUGCGGUCCCUAGUGAGCAGCUAUUACCGCGAAAGGCUUUCCUCGCAGCGACAGUCCGGAAGGGAGGUGAAGGUCCGCUUGGUGCUCUAUGACCCCGGUUUGGACAAGGGGGUGAGAGGAAAGCGAAGAAAGUGUGAACCCUGGCCGUUGCCUCGCGGCUCUGGCCGCUUUCCCUUCCCGACCCGCGGUGUUUGUUUGGAUUUAAUCUUCAGGUUGCCGGCGCCCGCCCGCCCGCCGGCCUCGCGGGGGUGCGGGGGAAGCACCCGUGCAUGUGACUGGCGCCUGCCGGGUCCAGACACCCUCCCGUCCGCGCCGCUUACCCGCGGCAGUAGCGUCCCUGAACCGCGGGGUCGUGUUUGUGUUUGACCCGCGGGCGCCCGCGGCGGGCCGCGCGGACGAGGCCGGUGUCGGCGGGGCGGGGCGGGCGCGGCGGAGGCGGAGGAAGAGGGAGGGGGAGCCCUGGGAGGCCGGGUGCCGCCAUGGAACUGGGCCCGGAGCCCCCGCACCGCCGUCGCCUGCUCUUCGCCUGCAGUCCCCCUCCCACGCCGCAGCCAGUCGUGAAAGCGCUGUUCGGCGCGCCAGCCUGCGGCGGCCUGUCGCCUGUCACCAACUUGACGGUCACCAUGGACCAGCUGCAGGGGCUGGGCAGUGAGUGUGAACAGCCGCUGGAGGUGAGAAACGGCAGUCUGCAGAGAAUGGGCUCCUCUGAGUCAACCGAUUCAGGCUUCUGUCUGGAUUCUCCUGGGCCCUUGGACAGUAAAGAAAACCUUGGAAAUCCCAUGAGGAGAAUAAAUUCCCUACCUCAGAAGCUCUUGGGAUGUAGCCCAGCCCUGAAGAGGAGUCAUUCUGAUUCUCUUGACCAUGAUGUCUUUCAGCUGAUGGACCAGGAUGAGAACAAGGAAAACGAAGCCUUUGAGUUUAAGAAGCCAAUAAGACCGGCAUCUCGUGGCUGCCUGCACUCUCAUGGACUUGAGGAGGGUAAAGAUAUCUUCACACAGAGGCAGAACUCUGCCCCAGCUCGGAUGCUUUCCUCGAAUGAAAGAGAGAGCAGCGAGCCAGGGAAUUUCAUUCCUCUUUUUAUGCCCCAGUCCCCUGUGACUGCCACUUUGUCUGAUGAGGAUGAUGGCUUCAUGGACCUUCUUGAAGGAGAGAACCUGAAGAAUGAUGAAGAGACCCCAUCAUGCAUGGCAAGCCUCUGGACUGCUCCCCUUGUCAUGAGAAGAACUACAAACCUUGGCAAUCGAUGCAAGCUGUUUGACUCUUCUUCCACAUGUAGCUCUGUCACCCGGUCGGUGUUAAAAAGACCAGAACGAUCUCAAGAGGAGUACCCAUCUGGAAAUACAAAGCGGAGAAAGAGCAUGGCUGCGGCCAGUCCUGAAGAAGCAGCUAGUCCAGAGAAGCCCCAGGAGAUUCUACAUCAGUCUUUAUCCCUGGCAUCUUCCCCAAAAGGGACCAUUGAGAACAUUUUGGAUAAUGACCCAAGGGACCUUAUAGGAGACUUCUCCAAGGGUUAUCUCUUUCAUACGGUUGCUGGGAAGCAUCAGGAUUUAAAAUACAUCUCUCCAGAAAUUAUGGCAUCUGUUUUGAAUGGCAAGUUUGCCAACCUCAUUAAAGAAUUUGUUAUCAUUGACUGCCGGUAUCCGUAUGAAUAUGAGGGAGGCCACAUCAAGGGUGCAGUAAACUUGCACAUGGAAGAGGAGGUAGAAGACUUCUUGCUCAAGAAGCCCAUCGUUCCUACUGACGGCAAGCGUGUCAUUGUCGUGUUCCACUGCGAGUUCUCUUCCGAGCGAGGCCCUCGCAUGUGCCGGUACGUGAGGGAGAGAGAUCGGCUUGGUAACGAGUACCCCAAACUCCACUACCCUGAGCUGUAUGUCCUGAAGGGCGGGUACAAGGAGUUCUUCCUGAAAUGCCAGUCUCACUGUGAGCCCCCCAGCUACCGGCCCAUGCACCAUGAGGACUUCAAAGAAGACCUGAAGAAGUUCCGCACCAAGAGCCGGACCUGGGCGGGGGAAAAGAGCAAACGGGAGAUGUACAGCCGUCUGAAGAAGCUGUGAGGGUGGCGGGGCCAGACCGCGGCAGCCAGAGCCUCCCCUCCACGCCACCUCUUCCCUCUUUGCUGCAGAGAAACUUGAGCAAAGGGGCCAACAAGUGUGGAGAAAGGGCCUGGGGCUUGCACGCCUCACCCGGUCCCGCGCUCCCAGGGUUCCUGCUGGCAGCGCCUCUUCUGUCCCCGUAAGACGUUCACUGCCUCAGGACUGUUUGCCAAGGCUGUCACUCGCCAUACAGCACAGUUCCAAGCACCAAGCCAAGAAGUUCUGACUCCUCCCCCCCACCGUUGGACGAACGACCUGGGGCCUUAUUGGGCACUGUCCUCUCUCGUGAGAGGAGGGGUAGGAGAAGGAGAAGGAACGCGAGUGGAAAUGCUGCUGGCCAAAUACCAAAGACAGCCUGGGAAGGGGGGUGGUCUCUGUGGGAUAACCCGUAUCUUUAAUUUAUUCAACUUCGUCAAUCACUUUAAUUUUUUUUUUUUUUUUUUUUUUUUUUUUAACUCCUGGAGACUUUUACUUAACUGCUUCUUUAAGUCACAAUACUGCCAUUCUAGGUAGGGUUUUAUCAUCCCAGGGACUACCUCUGCUUUAAAAAAAAAAAAAAAAAAAGAUGGGGGAGAAGAGGCAAACUUGUGUUGAGGGACAGAAGUAGGAGCUCUGUCACCCCAGGAGGCACUGUGGAACUGGGGCUGCUGCUAUUUAAAGCCAAGGACUGAGGCGCUGGUGGGAGCAGGCACUGGACUCGGACUUGGCCAUAGGACAUAAGCUAAACCUCCCAGACCUACCUCGAAGGCCACUGAGAUCUAUGGGUGGGGGCGGGGGGGGGGGGGCACCGUGUUCUUCCUCACCCCAGUUCCCUGUGACAUUGGCUGGUAUAAGAGUCACAGGAAAGCACUUCAGGCAGCUUCCAUGGGGCCACCCCCAGGUCAGUGUUGGAACAUGGUAGUGUAGGUGUCCUAGACUAGGGGCGGCAGGGUGGGGGGGCUCUGGGAUGGGGGACGGGAGCGUACACCGAGUGUCUUCUAUUACUGAUACUCUUGAAUAGCUUUUAAUUUUCUAAAAAUAGUCAUUUUAUGAGUCAAGGAGUAUCAAAUCAGUGUUGGCUGGGCCACCCAAGGAUGAAGAGAUGGGCUGGAAGCCCUGCGCAUUAGGAGAGGGAUGUGGGUGCUGGCAUGCAGAUGACCAUAUAGAAUGUGUCUCUCAGGAGGCAGCGUGGUGGAUUUUAAGGUGAAACUUUGAGUUUAUCAUGUUUGAAUUUGAGGGACAGGGAGUGAUGACUCAUCACUCGUUGCCCCCUCAUCUAACCCCAUGGAAAUGGGGGUCUCAAAGGAACACCUCCUAUCCAAGGAGCUGGAGCUGAGUUGGUUGAUGCUGGACACGCCUAUUUGGUUCCUGCAUAUGCCCACCCACAGACACCAGCCUCCUCACCAUCUCUGCUCUGUUGGGGCAUAGCCAGGUUUUUCUUACACACAAGUGCCAGUCUCCCCUCUUCACUUCCUGCUCUGGAAGUGGGGAGGGAAGCAGUCAUAAUGGAGACGGCUGGUUGCUCUUCUGGGUUUGAGUUGUAUUUGGCUAUAAAACAAUCUUGUUAGAAAAAGUAAGUGGGGAGGAGGGGAACAGGAGGAGAGAGGAAGGCCUCUUCCCCCUCUCACAUUGAGACACAUCUCAGUUGGUCUCUAAUCUUGUUUAUAGGGAUUCUGUUGGUUGAAUGCCUAGAAAAGGAGGUGGGAUGGCCUUCAGAUUGUACCAGCUUAGCUAGCAUUGCUGACCAACUGUCGCAGGCUCUGAAAAUAAAAACAAUCCUGAACCCAU